GCAAGCCAGUGACUCAGCCCCGUAACAGGGUUAGAGGCAGAGAAUCCCAGUGGAAAGAGGGGAACCGGCCAGGCAGAGACAGCAAGGGCGGUUCGUUGCUCCAGAGCCUUUCCGUUCACCUUCCCACUCCUGGGCCAGACUACACUCAAUCAUAUGACCCACUGAAGAGAUGAGUCUUCAGUAAAGACUUAAAGGUUGAGACCGAGUUUGCGUCUCUGACAUGGGUAGGCAGACCGUUCCAUAAAAAUGGAGCUCUAUAGGAGAAAGCCCUGCCUCCAGCUGUUUGCUUAGAAAUUCUAGGGACAAUUAGGAGGCCUGCGUCUUGUGACCGUAGCGUACGUGUAGGUAUGUACGGCAGGACCAAAUCAGAGAGGUAGGUAGGAGCAAGCCCAUGUAAUGCUUUGUAGGUUAGCAGUAAAACCUUGAAAUCAGCCCUUGCUUUGACAGGAAGCCAGUGUAGAGAGGCUAGCACUGGAGUAAUAUGAUCAAAUUUUUUGGUUCUAGUCAGGAUUCUAGCAGCCGUAUUUAGCACUAACUGAAGUUUAUUUAGUGCUUUAUCCGGGUAGCCGGAAAAUAGAGCAUUGCAGUAGUCUAACCUAGAAGUGACAAAAGCAUGGAUUAAUUUUUCUGCAUCAUUUUUGGACAGAAAGUUUCUGAUUUUUGCAAUGUUACGUAGAUGGAAAAAAGCUGUCCUCGAAAUGGUCUUGAUAUGUUCUUCAAAAGAGAGAUCAGGGUCCAGAGUAACGCCGAGGUCCUUCACAGUUUUAUUUGAGACGACUGUACAACCAUUAAGAUUAAUUGUCAGAUUCAACAGAAGAUCUCUUUGUUUCUUGGGACCUAGAACAAGCAUCUCUGUUUUGUCCGAGUUUAAUAGUAGAAAGUUUGCAGCCAUCCACUUCCUUAUGUCUGAAACACAUGCUUCUAGCGAGGGCAAUUUUGGGGCUUCACCAUGUUUCAUUGAAAUGUACAGCUGUGUGUCAUCCGCAUAGCAGUGAAAGUUUACAUUAUGUUUUCGAAUAACAUCCCCUCCCUAGGUGGGGAGACUUCCUUCUCUGUUAUCAGUUUCACAUUGGUCAAAGGUUGUCUGCCACAGUUCCUUGCCUGCUAAUAGUCCCUCUUUCUUAUGGACAAACAUUAUUUAUCAUUAUACAGAGACAGGGUAGAAUUCUGUUAGUUAUAGUUCUACGUUAAAUGUAUACAUCAUUUAGUCAUUAUUCAUAAAAUUCAUAACACACACAUACACAAUCCAUGUCUCAAAAAUCCUUCUUGAACCUGUCUCCUGCCCUUCAGCUACUCUGAUUUAAGUUGAUUUAACAAGUGAUAUCAAUAAGGGAUCAUAGCUUUCACCUGGAUUCAUCUGAUUAGUCUGUCAUAAUGUUUUUUUACACUCAGUGGCCUACUUAUCCCAAAACAUCAUUUUCAAAUCCCUGUUUUGUGUUGUAUAUUAGGCCUAAAUUAAUAUCAUCAGUGGUGAAAAAAGUACCCAAUUGUCAUACGUUGUUUAGGUAGACUGAAUAGGUUUACAUGCCUGGACACCCAUUGAUAGAAGCUGCGUAUCUGGACGGAGAACACUGUUGACGGCACUGUCACUGAAUAUUACUCAGAAAUACACAGCGCGUCAUUACUUUGAUGUGUCUAUUCUUCAUGCGUUGAAGCCUCCUUGUUAAGGUACAUAGACGUAUUGAAGAUUGCACAUUGGCUAGUAUUUUAUUGAUACUAUCUGAAAUCAUCUGAAGGCUGCAACAAUGAUCCAGCAGAACAAUAACAACAACUACCCAUGCCUGGAGAUGUCUGGCUCCCCCAGGGAGGUGCUGCAGAAGUGCCAAAAAAGCAAUCUUUCCUUCACCAGACGCUUGGAGCUUGGGGACAUGCCCUUAGUCAAGGGCCUUCGGGCCUGGGCUGCGUGCUCCAAGAACCGCAGGAGGGCAGCACCUCCCCCCAGGUCCCAGGGAACGUGCCCCAGGCCUGCAGAUGUCUACCCAGUGGGACAGUGGGGCAGGCUGGGUUAUGGUCUGGGGCUACCGCUGGACUCCAACUAUGCCUCCAACCCCAGACAGACAGGCCUGGGGGCACUGGUGACUGUGGCCACGUUGAAGGCCUCUGAGGGAGGUGGUCAGACUCAGACAAGCUGUCUGUUCCUCAAGACGGAGGGUGGAAGGUGCCUCUACUCUACAGGCAGUCCAAGGCCCUGCACUCAAAGUCUGGUCCCUCAGUCCCCCUCCACGCUGGUGGGCAGCUGGCUGAGGGAUAAAGUGGGAGGGGUCAGGGACUCCUCCAUGGUGGGGAAAAUGGGGGUGCAGGAUAUGGGAGGGGCCUUGGGGUCAUACCAGGUCAAAUCGAGGUCAGCCCAGAGGUGGAGAACAUCCUGCAAGCCUGUGGUUUCCAUCCAGGGGAGAACACUCCGGAACAGGGAGAAUGCUGGCGAGCCUACCCUGGAAGGGAGCCAGGAAAGCAGGGACAAAGGGGAGUUUCCCAAAGCUGGUCAGGACACUCUGAGUGGAAAACAAGACCGAGGGAGUACUAGAAGCCCCAAAUGCAGUCACGCUCAGACCAAGACCUGUACCCAGUGUCACGGGCGGAGAGGAGGGCAGGGGAGCAGCGGGGGUCAGAGGGGAGCUGCCUCUGUAUGUGAGCAGGAUCAUUCGAGCUGCGGUGUGGAGGGGAUUAAGGAGAAGGAGGAGGGGAAAGUGCAGGAUGGCACUGGUCUCACCCGGUCAAAGCCCUGUGACUCCUCCCUGCCUCCAGACAACGCUGACCCAGAAAACUGCAGCAGUGAUGUCGGGGACCGGGGAAAGCCAGACAGCCCACGCGCACAGGAGGGGCUGCAUCCUGAAACUUCUCUCAACAAGGAGCACUUCCAGGACAAACUAUGGGAUAAAGACAUACAUACUGGAGGCAACGAUGUGGCCAGUGGUAUCAUGAGUCAUGUGGAAGACUUUGAUGGCAUGGUGGGUGCUGUGAUUGGGUUUGUGGAUCAUAUCAAGUCUGCAGAGUGUGAUUCAGAGAGGCUAAGGGGAACCGGGGACAUAGCUGAGGGGAAGCUGCCCAACAGGUGGAUCGAUAGUCAAACUUCAGAGAGCCACUGCUGCUCUGAGAGAAGCUGCCUCGAAGACUGCUCCACUCAACCACCCAGACCAGUAGAGGGCAGCAUUUCUACUGCUCCUGAUGAGACAGGCUAUGGUCAGAUAAAUCAGGAAACUAAAUCAGAUAGUCAAUACAAUAAGCUUUGUGAGAAAUGUCAGCCAGAAGAAAAAGAUCCCGUGGCAGUGGAUAAAGAAGGUUUACAGGAAUCUGUACAUGGCCUCUGUGAGGAAGAGGAGAUCGGGGGGGAGGAGGGGAUCCAGUCAACAGCACCAGACAUUAGGGAGCUCUGUGGGGAGCAUGGAGAGAUACUGCCUGAGGUCAGGAGCACAGAUGAUGAGGCCAGGCUGGUAAAGGGAGACAUCAUAUCCCAGAGAACUGAGCGAGGGCCUCACUGGGCAACGGAGGAACAUGAGUGCGAGGAGAAUUGUAGGAUGGAAGCGAGGUGUUUUUCAGAUUUACCAGCUAACCUAACUGAAGAGGCCAUAGUAGGGUGGAGGAAGGCAGGGACUAGGCAGUUUAAUUCCCGUUUACAAGGCUCUGCUGUUGCUGGCCCUGCUACCUCUGUCACACACUCGCCACCUAAUCUGGCCUCCUCAAGAGCCAUGGCAACAAGCCUCCCUGCUCCGAAUGGGGGGCAGACAGACGCUGGAGGUGGGGCUCUGGUGCCUCUGCUACGGAGCCCAGGGGAGCAGGAGUGGAAGAGGGGCCCGGACGAGAGCAAGGUGGCCUCCAACAGGGGGUUCCUGGAUGGGGGGCCAGAGGGGGAGGAUGACUUUGGGCUUUUCAUGCAGGCAGAGGAGCAGCUGCCCUGGGACGACAGCUUCACUGCAUCACCCCUAGUGCCUUCUGGGAAAAGUGAGAGUGUUGGUUGGACAGACAGCUCAUUCCAACAAUCAGAGGAUGCCUGGACAGCCUUCCCAAAGGAUACAGCGGGAGAAGGGCAAGACACAAGAGAACAGUGGUGGCCCACAAAUGCUGUGGAGGAGACAAGGGGCAGAUUCUCUGCCACGCAAAAUGUGAACAAAGUGUUUGUGGAGGCCUUCCCGUCACUGUCUACUCCCCUGUAUGAUCGUGAUGCUGUUCCCACACUCAGCCAGCUCCUCAGAGGCGUCUUGGAUCAUGAAAGCCUUGCAGAAGAUCAUGGCUUACUCGAUGGGUUCCAUGACUUGAACAAGAUGUUUGGCUUAAAAUAUAAGAGGGCAAAUGCUGUUUCCCGUGAACCUCUUCUACAGUCGCUACAUUUGGGCCAGUGUAACACGGAAAAUAUGACUGGGCACAGAGCAGCCAACUACAGUCCCUCUCUUGGCCUCUCCUCGUCCAGUCAGCAUGCACAGGCCUGUGGGAAGAGACGUUUAUCGUAUGUCAACAAGAACAUCAUGGAAUAACCAAAAUGUCCACUUUCCCUGACCUUCAACAACACAUUUAGCCUUUUUCAUGCAUGUCCAUGCCAAACCACUAAUGGGACACAGUCUUCAUCUCCAUGGGGAGAAAUAACUAAACAUUUCACAAGAUUCAGAACUCGGAGGAUGCUCUCCUUGGGCCGACUGGACCACCUGACUAUAUGGUGAUCCUUAACAAUGCCCUGUAAUUGCUUUGCCUUCGCUGGAGUUAGAUCACCGAUGCAUACCUGUGACAAAUUUGAUCAAAUUAAGCACUAAUUGUAAUUUUUGUCUCACAGAUAUUUUUAAAAUACAUGCAAAUGUUUAACAUUCUUAUAAAUCUUAUUCUUAUGGACUAUAGGAAAUGUUAAAGUAAUUAGUGUUUGCCCGGAGAAGUGGAUGUCUAUACCCCCCUCCUUUGUUCACUCCCACCCUCUUUCUCACACACACACACACUGACAUGGACACAAACAACAAACACACACUAUCCUCUCCCGUCACGUGAUCUGGCCCAAACGUGCCGGUGACAACUCUGGAGCAGAAUAUACUGUAGGUUUAGCCAACAUUGGAGCUCACAUGGAUCACAGCUCCAUUUCUUAUUAUCAUAGUAAAUAAUGACCAUGUUUUCUGAAAUGAUAUCCUUUAAAUUGGGGGUGUUUCUGGCUGUCAGAAUACAGUUGUUUUGUGCUGGCAAAGAGAAAAUGUGUUAUUUUACCAGCACACGUUUGUUUUAGAUCACAAAAAGCAGUCAAGUCCUAUUUAGAUUAUAUUUGUUUCUCUCUUGAUUGUUGUUUGUGGGUAACCCAGGGCAACUCAGUAGGCCUACAGAAAAUGUAGUGAAUGUUUGUCAUUUGUACAUAAUAUGUAUUCCUCAAGAAAAAUACAGAUUUUCUGAGUUGUUCAAAUUGAUAAAACUAGAUAGUCAACUUGUUAAUUGAUGUAAUAAAAUGAUACGUUGAUUACUGUU